GACAACUUCGUUCUGUGGACCGACCAAUCGUCUGUUAGCGAUGGGACGCAUCUCUAAUGUCCGUGGAGUUGCCAUCCUAUUUGUGCAAGUUUGUAUCCUUCUCUCGUCCCAAGCGCAAAGCUCCGGCAAAAAAGGAACGGUAUCCGUUGUGUUCGAGCAAAAACCGGUGACGGAAGUCAUUUGUUCCCAGAGGAAAGCCCUCACCGAGGCCGAACUGGAGAACAUGAUUGCCACGUGGAUCAAGACAGGGAACGAGUGUGCAGUAGGAAAACCCUGUCUCAACUCCAAGAACGUUGCCGAUUACAAUUCUCUGCGUGCCAAGUGUGCAAGUCCAGCGCGCCGCGCGAAGGAGGAACGCCGGAUACUAGUGGAUAACGUGGAGGCUGGUCUGCAAGCGAUGAAAGAUCAGUUCACGCCCCUUAAAGAUUCACUCGAUUCGCUGGAUCGUGAGUAUGAACGUCAGUUCCAGCGAGUCUGGGGUGACAUAGAAAAACUGCACGCUACGCUCGCCUACACCUCCCUUGGGGCCGGUCGCAUUCAGCAGGCACUGUACCAUCAGUCGAGCCAGGGCCGACCGAUCGGAGAUCUCAUUCAACAGCUGGGCCCAACGAAUGCCGAGGAGUUGCUUGCCUUUGCAUGGAAUUUCCCCUGGCCUAACCAGCAACCGGAAGUUUACGAUAAGGUCGAGGCGGUGAUAAAGUCAUCCCAAGAUCCCGUACUGCAAACAGUUCUGGCGAUCGACAUUAUCAACACCAAGAAUCCGAAGCUCGAAGCUAAGGCACAACAGGCGACCGAGUAUCUUAGCCAGCUGCAGAGCAGCGUAAUGGCCGGUGACUUCCGUACCAUUGCAUCGCUGGCCACUCGCUUCCCGAAACACUACGCAUACCUGAGACAGAGCCUGUUCCAGCCUGCCGCAGGAAGCAAAGCCAGUGCAGCUGCUCUUUGGAAUUUGUCCGAACUGCCCGACCAUUUGCCGACGGUGGAGGAACGGCUGCAGACAAUCGAGGCCAUCGUGCAGCCGUUGCUGGGCGAUAGUGGUACCCUGGUGGAUGACGCCGAGUACUUCUGGCCGCUAACCAAGCUUGCGGACGAGCUGAAUAGGGUUCCAGAAUCCGAGGAUCAAAAGGCGGUGCUGGAGCGCUUGAGAAACAAGUUUGCUACGCACGUCAAUCCCAAGUCGCUCGACUACUAUCAAAAGCUGUACUCCCAGAUCCAAUCGUUGAAACCAGCCUCCGGCUCUACCUUGUAGAGUAGACCGACCGGGAAGCCAUGAACUUGCUAUGCAUUGCUUAUCCUGUUCAAUAAAAAUGAACCUCAAUUGAUCUGAUCCCGU